GGGUGAAAAGUGUCUGAGUGAAUGAGACCGUCCGCCCACCGCGGUGACGCUGCUCCAGAUGUGCGCCUGAUGUGCAACAACAGCCCCAACUCUGCAGCUCCGACCACACAACCCGCAAGAUGUCUGCUGAGCUCUACACUUCGAGUGAACAGAGAGGGAAUAAUGGAAGUCUUCAAGGUACCACAUUAGGAGGCACCAAACCUUUACACCGCUUCCUGAAGGGGCAACCCAAGAUUAUGGGAACUGUUGUGCUGAUCAUGGGGGUGUCCUUCUUCAUCUUUUCCAUCGCUGUCACAACAGGGCAAUCUUAUCACACCUUAUGGGCAGCCAUCCCACCAGGGUUCUUACUGGGAACACUGUUCGUCAUAAGUGGGAUUCUGUAUAUCCUGACUGAGGUAAACCCCACCAAGAAGACAGUAACCAUAUCGUUAGCUCUGAGCAUCGUGUCCAUACUGGUUAUCUGUUGGACACUUCUUCACGUCCCGCCCAGCCUCCACUUCCACCGACAACUCAACAUUUAUGACGACAACGUCACAGACACUGAAAUGCUAUGGGCUUCAUAUUUUGAGCUGCGUUGGUGGCAUCAUUUUCAUUGUAAUGUCAGUGUUUGCUGGGGCUGCCCUGCGUUCCACAAAAAGUCAGGCUGUUGUAGUGAUGACCACAACACCAACUGAACCACCUGAUGAAUAAGACGUGGCAGAGGAAGACCUGAUGUGUAAUGCUGAAAUGUAUUCAAAGAUAUUUGUAUCUCACUUAGCUGGGGAUCCAGUCAUACUUGAUUUCAAAAUAUGAAUCACUUUUUUCUGGGAUGUUGGUGGUCUUGUGGUGAUUCUGGAUUCUGUUAUUACUCUGUUCCACCACCGUGUUAGUACUGCACUUGCCUAAUUUCCCUACAGCAGUGGCUGUUAACUGUCAUGGGGCAGUUUGGUCUGAGCCAACCUUUUCACAAUGUUUGCAGUACAUCCAGCCAAAUAAAUUGAAGGAAACGUUGAGCUAUAAUUUCUAUAUGUAUGUGCCAAGUAAAUACCAAACAAGAGGUUUAUAAAACACAAUUGUUUUGAUUGUUGGAUACAUCAUUUUUGUGUAGGCCAUUUACUAACAGUUGUUUGUUAACCUAUAAAUGAAUAUUAGCAUGAUAAUUGAAAUCUCUAUAUCUGAGCGAUCUGAUAAACUUAGAGGACUGCAACCACAAUUUAUGUAAUAAAAUCCUUUCUGUUUA